UGCAGAUUCCUGUGAGGCAGCACGUGAUCGAUCGAUGCAAAGUGCGCGGUCUCCAGUCUCAAAGGACAUGGCUGAGAUCGCGGCAGUGCGCUACGAAAGUACUGCAAAGAGGUGGCCUCCAUCGAUAUACGACUAUAUGGCGAAGUGUGUCGUGGAUAGUCGCAUAUCCGCUCUCGACGUUGACGGUGGUGAAUGGGUCCACUGCAAUGUUUGCGACUGCCAGCUCCGUUGCGAUUCAAGAAAUCUCUUUAGUAGUGAGCGGUGGAAUCGGCAUAUUCGACGGAGCAAGAAGCAUAGAAAUGGCACAAGCGGUGGUGGCUACGCGGAGCACAUCGUUCCUCAUGGUGCACCAGGUACCAUCCCAGUGGACGUCACCUUAUCUCCAUCCAUGGUGCGACCAGCCAAGAAGCGAAAAAAGCUUACCCAACUCGACGUGGACUUUGAAAUUCAAUCGUCGCAACUUAUCGAAGUCUCAGCGCAGCACCAAAGGUCUGCGGUCUGUCCUGGUGCACUGCCUGCCGACACAUUCGAAAUCCUCCAGGUAUUUGCCCGAUUCGGUCAAAUACCUCCUGGAGCACACGUCAUUCGCAGUGCAGACACGUUGGGCUUUCAGUUGUUCAGCACGUUGUGCACUAAACGUGUCGUGCCGCGUCGGAAGAACCAGCCAGACUGCUGCGACCCGUGCUUCGCCCUGUUUGUCGAUUCAAACCUGAAGAAGCGCAUCUUCCAAAACAUGAAGACGUACAUGCGGGUGCUUGCGGUCGUCGAAAGGCCCCAACUGCCCCACGGUGGCCUCGCUGACCUUCAAAACUUCCUGAAAAUUCCAGUGCGAAACAUGAACCACGCCGGCAAGCAGCUACGCUUACUCGUGGAGCAGCACAUCGCCAACUUCAAGAAGCAAGUGAGUGGUGGGUGUGAGGACAUUCAGGUGCGACCUAUGGUGAACGAAGUGCCCGCAACAGACCGAGAAGCUCAAGCCAGGGCUCAAGAAGCAGAGCUUUCCCUGCGGCUUGCCAGGGUCAAAGCGCAGCACGAACUUGUGAAGCUUGGCAUGAGCCUGGACCAUGCCAACAAUCUCGUGUUGUUGUAGCAAUAUUUUGGCCAGAUAAGCAUUUUUCCUUCCGAA